AUGGCCAAUGAUGAGCUCAUCAAUAUGGAUGAUGACAUUACCAAGUUUUGUGUAUCAUGGUUUGUGUCCAGGGUUGCAGAUACGGGAAUAAAACAAGUUAUUGAUGGUUGGAACAAUCAUCCUAUUCCAGGUAAAGAAAUAUUUCCAGAAACAGUGAUUAAUAUUAUAUAUAAUAUAUUUUGGUGGGCAAUUUUGAUCAGUGUGCUCCAUCAAAUUAAUCUAAAAAGAAGCAGGCUUUGCUUUUAAAAGUUAUUUGUUUCUCUUUCGAAAUAGGAAAGGGAAUUCCAAACGAAAGAAUGCAAGCAAAUAACAAAGCAUGCCUGCUACCCACACAAGAUUUAUUACCGAGUAAGGAACAAGCUGUUGCCUUAUAUGAAAGUGAAGGAGGAAAUAUUACCCUUCCAGAAUUGUUUGGGGUUGAUCCCAUUUACGAAAACCCACAGUUGAAGAAAUUGCGUUUUGAUUCGUUUGUUGCUGCUUAUCCUAAUUUCAGUACAAUCUUUCAUGGUGUAGUGAAUGGAGAGAGCUACCUUUUCAAAGAAGGCCUUCAGUAUUUUAUAUCUUUGACAACAAAUCAACAUUAA